GUUGUUAUUUAAAGAAGCAGAACGCCAACGCGGAGCUCUGUCCUGUGUGUGGCGCUGCGGUGGGAAGGAAAAGUCGCUAACUGUGUUGCUGCCAUAGAACUGUCUCCAGAAAUCAGCCAUGAUGCUGCUGAGUUCACUGGCACACGUCUACCUCCUGGCUGCUGUUGCACUUGCUGUUCCUGCUCAGGAGAAGCGUGUCCAUCACCAGGCUGACCUGAGUGACCAUGUCCAUGACGAUAGUCAGAACUACCAGUAUGACCAUGAGGCCUUUCUGGGCAAAGAAGACGCCAAGACCUUUGACCAGCUGACCCCUGAGGAGAGCAAAGACAGACUGGCAAAGAUAGUGGACCGCAUUGACUCUGACAAGGAUGGCUACAUCACCCACUCAGAGCUGCACAAAUGGAUCAAACACAGGCAGAGGAGGUACAUCGAGGAAAACGUGAACAAGCACUGGAAGGACUACGAUGCUAACAAGGAUGACAAGAUCGCCUGGGAAGAGUAUAAGAACACCACCUAUGGCUACUAUCUGGGUGAGGACUUCAAUGACAUUGAAGACAAGGACACGUAUAAAUCCAUGCUGGCUCGGGAUGAAAGACGCUUCAAGGCAGCUGACAAAGAUGGUGACGGUAUUGCCACGCGUGAGGAGUUCACUGCCUUCCUCCAUCCUGAGGAGUUCAACUAUAUGAAAGACGUGGUGGUGCAGGAGACUGUGGAGGACAUUGAUAAGAACGGUGAUGGAAAGAUCAACCUUGACGAAUAUAUUGGUGAUAUGUACACACCUGAGGACGGCGAAGCAGAGCCUGACUGGGUGCAGACCGAGAAGACACACUUUGCUGAUUUCCGAGAUAUCAACAAGGACGGCUACCUGGAUGCCGAUGAAGUGGCCAAGUGGGUUUUACCAGGAGAGGUUGACCAUGCUGACAAUGAGGCCAAGCACCUGAUCCAUGAAACAGACACAGACAAGGAUGGCCGUCUGACACUGCUGGAAGUGCUCGACAACACAGAAUACAUCAAGAUGAGCACAAUCACUGACUAUGGAGGCAUGAGGGUGGAGGAGCAUGAUGAGCUGUGAAUCUGAUUUGUAAAUACGUAUCAGUUGAAGAGACCAAUAAAACUGGCCAAUAUGAAUUAAGACAAAAAAUAACGACAACUACAGCCACAAAGCAGCUGGACACAGCUUUGGCUAUGGCUACUCUGACAGUAAAAGCCAGCCAUUAUUUUCUUCUCAUUAAACAUGAGAAGCAGGCAUUCAGUCUUCUCAAGCGACUGUCAUAACAAUGCUGCAAUGAGAAAGAGGACACUCAGGAAGUACUUUGCUUAAAAAAUCCUUAUAAUUGCUAUUUCCUUUAUUGUGUUAUUUAGACAGGCAACAGCAUUCAUUCAAAAGAAAAAAAGAAAAUACAUAGGAAGUAUAGGUCACAGGGCUGCUGCUUAAAGAAAAAAAA